AUGGAAACACACUUGCAGCGUGACCCGAACCCUAGGCCUCAUCUCCCACUCAGCCGAACUCUAUCUGCAGUCCCUAUAUCAUUACCCCCAUCUUCCCUUCCCAUUCAUCCCGUCCACCACUCUACUCAUCCUCGAUCUUCGUCAUUUUGCUCCAUCGCAACAUCAUGCCCGGUAGCUCAGAAAGCCAAUAUAUCAGACUUGAAGGCGAGUCUCUCCAUAUUAUCUUCGCAUCUGUUUCAUGAUCCUCACACUCUAUCUACAGUCAUCAGCGGAAAGAAUCUUCGAGUCCCCUCCUGGCGCAUUCCCGCUGGCAUUUACGUGUCCAUCAAUGUCGACUCGAGGAGACACUGGAGAUCGGCCCUCGGUGUUCUAUCAUCUGAUGAAUCUGUAGCGUGGGGGGAUUCUGUAACUCUACCAUCAAAUGUCUCGCCUGCAUUGUCGAUAGAGAUCAGGGCAUCCUAUGAGCUUGGUCGAAUGCUAGGCGGUGGAGAGGUAAUCGGGGAACUUGAAAUGUCGUGGGAUGAGCUACUCGGUCAUGGAGAUCACUCAUUUGAUCUAUCGUUCCCAGCCGUGCGCAGUGUCCAACCUUCCAUCACACUGAGGGUUGCUGUUGUACAUGCUUGGGACGACCGAAACGGCACGCUAUUUGAUUCCCUCGUAGACUGCAAGAUUGCUCGAGACACAGAUGCGGGCCACGCACAAUUGGCCACAUACGUGACGAGUAAGACAGUCUCUCACCUGGACGACGCUAUACCAUUUUCAGUUGGUUCUGGACCAGUGUCCGGCUACAUCCGAAAUGAUGUUGUAGACAUCGAUGCCACCACUUCCCUCUUCCGCGACGCCCUUGCAUUGCGUCCGCAGCACCAUCCCGGUCAUCCCUUAUCCCUAUAUAAUCUCACCGAAUCGCUGAAUUGGCGCCACUCCAGGAAAAGUACUGCCGCAGACAUCUGCGAAGCGGUCCAACUCUAUCAUGAGCUACUGCCCCUCUGUCCAGAGGGCACGUACCUUCCAGAUGCAACGAACUUCCAACAGACGGAUCCGAUGAAGGCAUCCACCUUCGAAGAGUCGUCCUCGAGCUCUGUCCUCUGGGCCAUGGACUUCGUCCCAAAACCCUCGACAAGCUUGCACAGGCAGUUCUUCGUCGUGAAACCGUGUCUCUGUCCCGAGGGACGUGCUGGCCGUGAUACCUACCUGAACAACUUGGCCUGUUCACUUGUAUCCCGCUUUGAGCACCAAGGCAAUCCUAAUGAUCUCGAUGAGGCCAUCUUUAUACAUGAAGAAGCGCUGCACUUGCGCCCUGUUGGGCACGAAUUUCAUUAUUCGUCAUUGGGCAACCUAGGGGGCGCCCUCGUCGACCGUUUCAACAAACGCGGCAAUAUUGAAGACAUGACCCGAGCUAUCAGCCUCCAUCGCGAGUCCCCGACGUUGUGCCCACCUGGGCAUCCACGUCGUUACAAUACACUUCACAACCUUGCCCUCGCGCUCAAAAACAGAUAUAACAAAUCGGAAGUCAGCGAGGAUCUCAACGAAGCUAUUGAUCAGUAUCGUGAAUCCCUUUGGUUACAACGGCUUGACAAUCCGAGGCGUUAUUUAACUCUUUGCAGUUUGAGCUCGGUGCUCUGCUCUCGUUUCACGCAAGCUCAGAAGAAUGAAGAUGUUGAGGAGGCCAUUGCUCUUUGCCAAGAAUCAUUGGCGGCUCUGUCUUCACUGCACCCGGGCAUGCAUUUCAGCUACACGUGGCUGCAUGAGGCCUAUUUGUCUCGUUACCGGAUUCUACACGACCCUCCUGAUUUGUCGCUUGCAAUGGAGAACUUCAGACUCGCAUCAAGACAUUCUACUCAAGGGUUCCCACUACGCAUUAUUGGCGCAUUUUAUUGGACCGUUGCAGCGGAGCAGCAUGGUCAUGGAUCCGCGCUGGAAGCCUACUCGACAUUUUUUGAGCUUCUGGGUGCUCAUUUGGCCACACGGUCUUCGGCAACUUCACGGCGCGAAGCUGCCGCUGCCUUCAAUUACGCCAGAACGCUCCCAGCAGAUGCAGCACCAUGUGCCAUCCGCUGUGACAAUCUACCGCAUGCAGUUGAACUUGUGGAGCAGGGCCGUGGCCAGCAAUGGUCGCUGGCCUCCCGACUCAGGACGCCAGUUGAAGACCUUGAGUCAGCGAAUCCGGCGCUGGCACACAAUUAUUUGGAGCUGAGCAAACUCGUUUCCAGUGCGGCCCAGAGUUCUGCACCCACCACUGACAGAGCUGCUGCCGAUCAGGCAGCAACAGAGUAUAGGAGAAUUACAAGGCAAUGGGAGGCUGCCGUAGCUAAGAUACGUGAUCUUCGGGGGUUCUCGCGGUUCCUGCUCCCACCUUUGUAUGCAGACCUGCAAGCGGCAGCCCGCCAGGGCCCGGUCAUCAUGCUCAUUGCGAGUGAAUAUUCGUGCAACGCCAUCAUCGUCCCGACAUCAGGAGAUCCCCAUCAUGUUCCCUUGCCAUCUGUCCGUCUCGCAGAUCUGACCAAUCUCAAGGACCGCUUCGCCAGGGCAAUACGACACGCAUCUACCAUGGGCCCCAAAUUGCCGCGAAACGAUCUAAUAGUCCUCUUGCGGACAGUAUGGGACGAGAUAAUGCUACCCAUCGUCAACGUCCUCCGGCAUAAUCUGAAACUGAAAUACUGUCGAACCUGGCUGUGUCCAACUGCAGCUUUCACAUCUAUUCCUCUCCACGCAGCUCACCCGUUUCGAACAAACCCAGAUGGCUCUAGGGAGCAAUGCCUGGAGGAUCUCUACAUCUGCUCUUACACCCCGACACUUUCGGAUCUAGUCAGAUCUAGACAGACGAUGAAGAAGCGUGUCACUCCAUCCUUCGUGACAAUCGGACAGGGUCAACCGGGUGCAGGGAAAGGCAAGGCGCUCUUGGCCGUCGACAGCGAGCUCGAGCUUGUCCAUGAGCUCGUCCCUGCGACGGCCAAACGCACUACUAUUUCUGGCGAUGCAACCACACGAGCAGGACCCAAAGCAGGUUACAAUUCGCAUUUCAUCAUGAGAGACGAAGAUCUGACGCUGCUCGAUAUAAUGGAGAGAGACAUUCCGCACGCCGAGUUCGCAUUCUUAUCAGCAUGUCAUACCGCCGUCGGGGAUGAGGAGACUCCCGACGAAGCGAUUCACCUCGCAGCUGGUCUUCAGUUUUCAGGGUUCAAGAGCGUCAUUGGCACGCUGUGGCAGGUCGACGACUCUGUCGCAAAACAUGUCGUCAAAGCCUUCUAUGAGAAUAUGUUCCCAGAUUUGAAGGAUGGAGGUGUGAUGGACUGUGCGAAGGCGGCUUGGGCACUGAACCGUGCUCCGCACGCCGUGACGACGACAGUGCCGCUGGAGCAGAGGAUGGUUUUCGUUCAUAUUGGUGUGUAGUUCUGUCGGAUUCCUAUCGCCUGGUACAUAUUUACACAUUGUUGAUCUGCGAUCUGUUGUGAAAAUAAAUUUGAUAUCAUACUCUUGCGCUCCAGCUAUCUUAUUUUUGUAUACUUUGUCGUUUUUUCGUCGAAUAGAAUGCUCACUAAAGUUCUUG